ACCCCUCGAAUUCUCAUUGGUCGGUUCCAUAUUCACCGUAGUGUUGGUCUGUCUCUAUGGGAACGCAGGACGCUCGUCCAGCAGUGCAGUGCCUGGGCACCAGAGGAUGGAGGCAGCCGGAUGGAACUCUGAAAUAGCUCCAGAAGUCUACCACAUUUUAUGUGUGUUUCCAAAUGGAGAUACUUAUGAUGGUGAAUGCACACGGUCAGCAACAGAAGUACUUGAGAGGAAUGGAAGGGGAGCAAAUAAAACUCCAAAUGGUGUUACAUAUACUGGAUCCUGGAAAAAUGACAAGAUGAAUGGAUUUGGAAAGCUUGAACAUCCUUCAGGAGCAGUUUAUGAAGGGGAAUUCAUUGACAAUAUGUUCCAUGGGAUUGGCACUUACACAUUUCCCAGUGGCGCACAGUACCUCGGAGGCUUUUAUAAUAACAAGAUGAUGGGAGAAGGUGAAUAUGUGGAUGCAAGCGGGCUCCACUGGAAAGGAUCUUUUUACAACAAAGCAGCACCAGGACUGAAACUAAAGAUGAAAAUGUAAAUUAACACAAGAUUUACUGUGAAUUGAAAACCUUCACCUCAUUAUGAUGUACACCAUUUUACAGCGCAUUUUAUCAAUAAAGAUUUUGAAAAUUGG